AUUGGGACCAUUCAGAUGACCCCAAUCCUAGGGGCCUACGUGGCUGAUGCCUGUAUCGGCCGCUAUUGGACGUUCCUGAUUGCAUCUGCAAUCUAUUUCAUGGGAAUGUGUUUGUUAACACUAGCAGCUUCAGUCCUUGGACUAAGACCACCUAGUUGUGCUGAUGUUAAUGCCUCAGACUGUAAGAAGGCCUCAACCUUACAGUUAGCUGUGUUCUAUGUUGCACUGUCUUUAUUAGCUCUUGGGAUUGGUGGGACCAAGCCCAACAUCUCGACCAUCGGCACGGAUCAAUUCGACGACUUUGAGCCCAAGGAGAAAGCCCAAAAGCUCUCAUUCUUCAAUUGGUGGAUGUUCAGUGUGUUCUUUUCUACUCUUUUUGCCAACACCAUAAUUGUAUACAUACAAGACACUGUGGGCUGGGCAUUGGGCUAUGGGCUUGCAACCGCGGGCCUUGCAAUAGCCAUCUUGAUAUUCUUGGCUGGAACACCAUUCUACAGGCACAGGGUGCCCACGGGGAGUCCCUUUACAAUGAUGGCCGAGGUCAUAGUGGCUGCACUGAGGAAGUGGAAGGUACCCAUUCCUAGUGACCCCAAAGAACUAUAUGAACUUGACUUGGAAGAGUACACCAAAAAGGGGAAGUUUAGGAUUGAUUCCACACCCACCUUGAGGUUCCUCAAUAAAGCAAGUGUGAAAACAGGUUCAACUGAUCCAUGGAUGCUAUGCCCGGUUACCCAAGUUGAGGAAACCAAACAAAUGUUACGAAUGUUACCAAUAUUGGUAGCCACCUUUGUGCCUAGCACAAUGAUUGCACAGAUCCACACCCUUUUCAUUAUGCAAGGCACUACUCUUGACAGACAAAUUGGCAGCUUCAAAAUCCCCCCGGCCAGUUUAGUAGGUUUUGCGACACUGUCUACGCUUGUUUCUGUAUUUCUGUAUGCCCGGUUCUUUGUCAGGAUCAUGAGAAGGUGGACAAAGAAUCCUAGGGGCAUCACCCUCCUCCAGAGAAUGGGAAUUGGUAUGGCAUUUCAUAUCUUCAUAAUGAUGAUCGCGUCGCUCAUUGAGAGGCAUAGACUAAGUGUUGCCAAGGACCAUGGUGUAAUUGAAAAUGGAAACCAAGUGCCUUUAACCAUAUUCAUUUUACUUCCUCAAUUUGUGCUUAUGGGAAUUGCUGAUGCAUUUCUAGAGGUAGCCAAGAUUGAGUUUUUCAAUGACCAAGCACCAGAGAACAUGAAAAGUAUUGGGACUUCCUAUUCCUCCACUACUUUGGGAGUUGGGAAUUUCACAAGUAGCUUCCUUCUAUCAACAGUUCUUCACAUGACCAAGAAGCAUGGUCGCAAAGGAUGGAUUCUCAAUAACCUCAACGACUCUCAUCUCGAUUAUUACUAUGCAUUUUUCGCGAUACUGAGCUUCUUGAACUUCAUUUUCUUCUUGGUCGUGAGCAAGUUCUAUGUGUACAAGGCUGAAGUUUCGAAUUCAAUGCAAGUGCUUAGAGAUGAGUUAAAGGGAUCGACAGCUAGGGACUGUGUCUGAUGAAGAACCGAAACAGAUGAGGCUUUUAGGAUUUUAUUUAUGUACUAAGAUUUGAUUAGAGUUUUUUUUAUGCCUAUUUAUAGGUGGGCUGAUAUCAUUUGUGAUGUACCUUUGUAUGAUUGAUUGAUUAUUUAA